CUCACAAUCAUGGUGCGUUCCGUGCCGCCCAAGACGGCGCAGAUGCGUCGCUCGAGUCGUACGAGAACGAGCACAUCCAAAGAUGAUGAAGUCGCGAAGGUGACGCAGGCCAAGGUCAGCAAGGCCUCUACAGAAGCUGGACAUGCUCGUCGACAAAGUGCGAGACAGACUGAGGCUGCCGAAGAAGCUCGCGACGUCGAGGAAGACUCGCAAGACGAAGAGGAAGACGAAGAGGACGAAGAUGAUGAGCAAGAUGAAGACUUUGGUGCGCCUGCUGCUCGCAAGGGACAGCGCAAGUCAGCUGCUGCAUCAGGGCAGGGACAAUCAUCAAGAAAGCGACUUUCCAACGCAGGCCAGACUCUAUCAACGCGAGCUCCUAAGACUGCCCGGAUCGCAGCGAAAGGUACGGCGCGAAAGUCGGCAACGCAGAGCAAAGGCGCUUCCUCCACCUACCGCGUAGACAAGGACAACAGUUUGUACAACGCGCUCGGAAACGGCAAAGAUGCGCUCAAGACAGCUGCCCAGAACUGGCUCGAGCUCUAUCUCCGUCCUGCGCCUUCGUCACGUAGCAACUACGAAGGCGAACAAGGCUCCGCUCACGCCAUGUCAGACUUUGUCAACCUUGCGCUACGUCUCGCGCAAUGCAAUGCAAAGAUUGACUCGCAUCAAGUGAUCGACGUUGACGGCGCGAGCUCCUUGCUUGACGACAUACAGGAAGGCGUCAAGCAAGCCAGCUCGAGCACGCCGCUCGAGGCGUAUCCGCUCGUGUCGAAAAGCAAGGCUUUCAGAACAUUUCGUGGUGACGUCAAGCUUCUCAUCUCGGAUCUGCUAGAUGCAGCUCACGAGUCAGAAGUGAUCUUUGAUGGCGCUUUUCUCGAGACGACUGUCAUUUGGCUCGGUCUGCUGGCUUCUUCGCCCGUUCGCGGAUUCAGACAUUCUGCUACCUUUCUCAGCAUGCAAAUGAUGACUUGCUUCUGCAGUAUCAUCACUCAGAUCGACGUGGACGCAGACCAGCAAUCUCGUCAGCAUCAGUCAGAGUCGCGCAAGUCCAGAGCAGACAAAACGCGAACACAAAAGUUGGCGGAAACCAUCAAAGCCCUCAAGGAUCAGAAAGACUUUCUUGUUGGCUAUCUCGAUGAUCUCUUUGACGUUGUCUUCGUUCAUCGCUUUCGUGAUUCCGAUGCUUCCAUCCGAACAGAGUGUGUCGUCGCCCUCGGCCAAUGGAUCGACAUCUACCCUAGCCGGUUUAUCGACGCCGAUUAUCUCCGCUAUGUCAGCUGGGUCCUCGAGGACGAGGACAAAGGCGCGCGCUCGGAAGCUGUCAAAGCUCUUGCCUUCGUCUACAGCAAAGAUGACUUCAUCGGACAGAUCCAGCCCUUUACUGACCGGCUCAAGCCACGCGCGAUGCAGAUGGCGACAUGUGAGGCCGACCUGACCACGCAAGUCAAUGUCAUUGCUGUACUCCUUCAGAUGGACUCGCACGGGCUGCUGACGCAGACGCAACGACAAGAACUCGCAGGGCUUGUCUUCCACGGGGACAGACGCGUGCGCAAAGCAGCAGCAAGCUUCUUUGCAUCUCAAGUCAACGAGCGAAUCGAGUCUGAGGAUGCGAUGGACGCUGGCGAUGAUGCAACGGCGUCCUUGCAGCUGAAAGCAAUCUGCGCGCUGUUCGUCGAGAUCUCUGGCGGUGUCCUGCAAGAGACCGUGACCGGCACCGCCAGGCUCCAGGAAGGCGCAGCAGAGCCUUCGCGCCUCGAGCUGGCACUUGAAGCGCUGUGUGAUGUCUUGCCAGUGCUAGUACAGUGGCGAAGCAUCUCUGCAAUACUCUUACAAGAUCAGUCGAUACAAGCCAGCAGCCGGACUCAGCACGAGGAAACCAUCAUGAUAACUACUUUGCUCUUCUGCCUCGGCAGAGUCUCCAAGCUGUCUGUCAAAGCUUCAGACAGCGAGGACGCAUCCGAUGAUGCUGUCAGUAUGACGCGCGAUAUGAUCGACUUGGUGCCGAAGCUGCUCGCUCGAUAUCAAGCCACUGCGUCUCGAGUUGCUCUCCUGCUACAGGCUCCUCGCCAUCUCCGCCUGGAAGCCUACAGCGACUUGCGUAUGGAGUCCCAGUAUAAGCAACUCUGGGAUCUCGUCAUUCGCCAAUUUGUCAGUCAGUCGGAUUCCGAGGUGGCAGAGAGCGCCAUCUCAACAAUCGCAGCCCUUUCUGCUGCAUCCACUUUACAGAGCAUCAACACGGUCAAGCUAGGAGACCUCGAAGAGCAGCUCAUCAACGGGCUUUACAGCUCCGUCGACGGCCAGAAUGUCGAGACGGCCCAAUUCAGCUCUGAUGAAGCGCUGCAUCUGAUCAGCGCGUUGCGUCGCAUCGCUUUGCUCAGCAGCUUGCGUGAUCUCAACGAGAACUUGUCGCAACCGACACCAGGCGCGAGCUCAUCUGCGAAAUCGAUCAUACAUUCUCUGGCAGACCGAGGUCGCCUCGGCUUCGCAGACGACGAUGAAAUUGUGCUACAAUCGCUCGACAUACUGAACAAAAGUGUGAUCUGGCGUCUGCAUGAAGCCCGCUCGAACUCUGAGCAGACUGCUCUCGGCGUGUUCCGCGAGGAGCGUGACUCACUGCACAAUACGCUGCAAACCCUUUCUAUCGCCGCAUCGACAGCGAGCGAGACUGUCAAGAGAUCCGCCUUCACAAAGCUGGUGGAUCUGUACAGCAUCUGCGCAGGUAUCACCGCUGCUACCGAUGGCCAGCUCGGCGCUUUGGAGGCUACAGUCGCGCUGCCUUGUGCGUCAAAGGAGCAAUCUCGGCUUGCGCUAUUUCUCCAAAACGAGAUUAGCCGCCAUGCUCUAUCUAUCGACAACGCGAAAGAUGAUGUAGAGGCUUCAGACCAUCCAUCAUCUCGUCUCACAAGCCUGCUCAGACGACAUGAGCUUCACAUACUUGUUGCAAGCUAUGUUCGAGCAGUUCGUAUUGGUGCUAUCAGCACAGCCAACGUCUUCCCAAUCUUGCCUCACCUUGGUCGGUUUGAUGCCACCUUUGAUCACUUCUGCCGUCUGCUCAUAAACGACAUGCGCGACGACGGUUGCCGCUUCAGCAAUGGCUCAGAUGUUGCUAGUGGCAUUGUCGACAGCUUGAUAGCGGCUUUCAAUCUGCACGGGCGAGACGAGAUCGAUGAAGCAUCAUUACUCGCCAUCUCUCGCUUGCUGUCCUCGGCAACGCUCGUUCGAGGCAGUCAGCUUGCUAUCUCGCAGCAGCUGCCUGCCGAUGAUCAUAUCCAGAUUCACGCUCGGGCUCUUGCAUAUUUGCUGGGCGCAGUCAGCGAAUGCGAGCAGAGCUCCGAAACAGAGCGCAAGCUCAGACUGAUCGCUGGUCUCAAGGGUCUUGCUCAGCUGCUUACUGGCGUCUCAGGUCGCGCUGCAAUGAGCAUCAAGACACAUUAUGAUCGAGCCCUUCGAUCUGCCAACCUAAUCAUCCCUCGUUCUGCCAAGUCCUGGGAUGCUCUGCGCAACUACGAAGCUCGACUGGUCUCAAUCAUGUCGAAAGAUGCGGACUUACGGGCGGCAGCGAAGAAGACAGCUGCCGAAGCGCCGGUCAAGAGCACAAAGACUGCAACUCAGCUCGACGAACAGAAUGUCGCGCCGGCCACUGACGCAUCUAAUGCGAAAUCGCGUCCACGACCUCGUCCUCGUCCAGCCGACACAGAAGACGCUGGUAUGCCCGUAGCAGACGGGAAGGACCUGGUCGUGAUGGAUACGCCGCUUGCACUACCAGAGGGCAGCUUGGAAGACAGUCCGACGACAUCACCAAGUCUCAAAAGACGCCGUAUCGAGCUCGAUCUCAGCUUGCCGGACGAGCCACUCGAUCUCGGUGAUACAAGCUUUCAAUUGGAACCUAUGCAAUCGCCGCCACGCUCGUCCAUCGCUAGUGAGCGUGAUGGCAGCCCUGCGCCUACACAACAGUCGGAGCUCUCGCUGUCCGAUGUACGUGCUAAGCGCCAGAAGCUCUAG